CCGACCCGGAUCCGGAAAAAGUGUUAUCUAAUAAACCCUUGACGACGUUCUUCCGCCGGAGAUUACACAGUUCGCCGCAAGACAUAGAGACAAAGUAGAGAGAUUUCACUGAGACGGUGUUGGAAUGGCUGAUCGAGAGAGAAGUGGAGGAGAUAGCAGCAGUGAAGAUGAAGAUCCCAAGUGGAAAGCUGCAAUCAAUUCGAUAGCCACCACCACCGUUUACGGCGCCUCCGCCACGAAACCCGCAGCUACUAAGCUAUGUGAAGAUGGAGAUUUUAGAAUCAAACCUAAAAAGCUAACACAUGGGCAGAUCAAGGUGAAGAACCUUUUGAAUGAAAUGGUGGAGAAGACUUUAGACUUUGUUAAAGAUCCUGUCAAUGUUCCCGAGGAUAAACCAGAGAAUGAUUGUGGAGUUCGUUUAUUUAAGCGGUGUGCAACUGGCAUAAUCUUUGAUCAUGUAGAUGAGAUUAAAGGACCCAAAAGGAAGCCUAAUUUACGCCCUGACAGAGGAGCCCAAGGAAACUCUAAAGAGUUUAAGAAACGAAUAAAAUCAAUUGCUGUUGAUGGGUUGGAUAUUUUAACUGCUGCUACGGAAGCGGCCAAGAAAGCCUCGGAUAGAUUAGAGGCGAAAGACGCGGCAGCAAAAGCUAAAGCUAAGAAAGAGGAAGAGAGAAUCGCAGAAUUGAAGAAAGUAAGAGGAGAAAAAUGGUUACCUUCUAUUGAAAGGGCAAUGAAAAAGGAAAUGAAGCGUAUCAAACAUACGGCAUGGAAGUCUGCAAUGUCGUGAAGAUCCAUGAGCUCUCUUCUUUUGAACUUAAUAUCAAUUUUGGAGUCUCAUUAAUUGAAGAAGAAACACAGAAUCAUUCACUCUUGGCUACAAAACUUUUACUGAAAGAAGAUUAUGAAAUUGUUAUGUAGAGUAGAGAGAUUAUUUGUUCUUGAUGUAGUGAGAGUGAAGUUCUUCAGAGAUGUUGUCAUCAUCGUCGUCUUUGAUCCAGACAAAAUCUUCUAAUC